UAUGAGAAGCAUAUUAAAAUUCAAGAAACUGAUAGAGUCCGGUGUACCUUGACUCUCCUCCGACACUCUCCUCUAUGGGUCUCUGGCGGUAUCUGGCAAUGGGCGGCUGCUCUGUCUGUCGGUGCCAUUUCUCCCCACAGUGAUCGCUGCGGCAGAAACACCACAACAGUCACCGGCCCUGCCCAUCACGGCGCCACCAGCAGGUCACGCCAUCGUGUGUACUCUGAAGGCAUCUGGUCAAUGGAAGAUAAGCCUUGUCUCGCUGGCAGAUGAUAGUGGCCCAAUGAAGCAAUGACCUGUCACUUUUCCACCUCCACCUCACUCCCGCCUUACUCCUCUGCUGGAACAGCCCGGCACCAAGACAUCCCGUCUCCUGCUUUUCGAGCUACUCCACGCCAUGCCCGAGGUUCACCAGAUGUCCCAGUCAGGGCGCACCACGGGCUCUGGCAAGGGUUACUCGGUAGUGCAGGUUAUCACCCCUUCAGAGAAGGCAGGCUCGGCCAGCAGGACAGCCAAAUCCCCGACCCAAGACUGGACAUCGCGGGUGCCUGAUGGAGGGUGGGGAUGGCUGGUGGUGGGCGGCAGCUUCAUAGUUGCGAUGGUGUUGCCUUUGCUGAGUCAAGGAUUUGGCGUGAUCUUUUCCCGCUACCUACUGCAGGAGGGCACCUCCUCCAGUCUCAACUUCUGGCUCUUCAACGCUCACUCAUGUCUAUGGAAUGUGAUGGGGCUGAUGGUGAGGCCGUUGACGCAGGAGUUUGGGUGGAGACCAAUGGCCAUAACUGGGGUGCUGCUGGCCUUCAUGGCCCUCUUGCUCUCCGCCUUCACGCCCUCGCCGGUGUUCCUCUUCUUCUCCUUCUCCCUGCUGUCAGCUGAUACUUUCCGGUCGGCAGGCACGGGUGGCGGCUUGGUGAUCGGCAUGACCUACAUCAUCGUGCCAUCCUACUUCAACCGGAGGCGCGGCAUGGCCAACGCUGUGAUGAUGGCGGGCGUGUGCAUAGGGCAGAUGGUGGGCCCGCCCUUUCUGCGCUUCCUGCAAGACGAGUACGGCUUCCAGGGUGCAACGCUCAUCCUGUCUGGCAUCAUCCUCAACUGCUGCGUGGGCGCCGCCUUCUACCACCCUGUCGAGUGGCACUUGAAGCCGCCGCUUCAACCUGCAAGCCCACCUUGCACAGAGCCUGCAGCUAAGGACUCCAGGCAGAUUGAGAGUUGCGGCGAGGAGGAUGAGUGGGUAGGUCUAGUGGCGCACAUGCGGGGCAGAGGUGAGGAUGGUACGCAGAGGGACAGAGAGAAAUCAAAAAGUACGAAACAAGAUGUAGUAGAGCUAAAGCCAGACAGUGAUGUGCCUCAGCAAGGUGUAGGCCUAAGGAUGUUGGUGAGGCGAGUGGCGCGCAACACCGUGGCAGACCUUGUCAUCCUUCGCUCACCGCGUGCCUUAAUCAUUGCCUUCGGCUCUACCUUCUUCAUCAUCGGAUUUUAUAAUUUCAUUAUGAUGGUUCCAUUCGUCAUGCAGAUCGCCGGUCACAGCCUUGCGGACGCCGCAAAUUGCAUCUCUGCCUCAGCCUUUGCCAACCUGGUGAUGCGCAUACUGGGUUCAGUGCUCUCAGACUAUGCCUGGUUCAACAUGCGCCUCGCCUACAUGGCUGGCCUGGCCUUCACUGCCACCUCCAUCAUGGUGUUCCCGCUGCUGGAGUCGGUGCCGAGCAUGAUGGUGGUCAUGACAACUUGGGGCAUGGGCGUCGGCACCACCAUGAGCCUCUUCAACCUUAUCAUGGUGAAAUUCAUGGGGCUUGAAAACCUUCCGCCGAUGUUUGGGGGAACCUCGCUCAUUCUAGCUUCUGGCUUCCUUACCAUUGGUCCUCUUGUAGGUCUGGUGCGGGACACGAGUGGCAGCUACCCAGUCAGUAUGUGGGUCCUUUCUGGCUACGUCUACCUCGCCUUCUUCUUGUGGAUGUUCAUGCCAGCUGCCCAGGCGUACGACCGGCGCAAGAUGGAGGCCGAAGCGGUGGCGUUGUAAUCCAAAGACAGGAUAAACCUCGUGUGGGGCUCGCUGUAUGUCACAGCCUGCUGGGUGCUAAUGUAAGAAUGGCGGUGUUUUAUUUUGUUGGUUUAUAGUUUAUCGUUCAUAGGCGAAUUUUGAGUUUACCUUUAAAAUCUUCAGUUGCACCUGUGCAGUCAGUGGUCAGUGCGUGUCUUCAUAAGAUUAUUGGUUAUGAAAAUUGCAGGUUACGUCUUUAGCAAACUUCUUUUUGAGCAGCGGUUCCUCAGAUAUGACAGAAAUAUUAUGCAUAAAGCAAGGUGAUAUUACUACUAAAGGUUUGAAGUGCUGUGUCAUACCAUUCUUCACAAAUGAAAUUUGAACAAGCGUCUGACAAUGAUGCCCGUUUGUCAGUGCUUGUUUCAGACCGUGACUUAACUGGCAAAAAUAUAGUUUGAUAUCAUACGUGGUUAAUGAGAGCAAUUAUUGGAGUAAAUAGAUAUUCCAACCACUCAUCCUUUCGUGACGUGACGUGACGUUUAACUCCGACCUAACAGUAACUACCCAUUCAACCAGCAGUUCUGUCCUCUGCAACUGAGUCUCUGCCUAAGUACGGCACUGCGAGGGGAGGAGUCAGACAGAAACAGGUUGCUGUAUUGGAGUAGCGAGACACACACACACACACACACACACAAAUAGAUAGAUAGGUAGAUAGACCAAUUUUAUUUACCACAAAACAAUACUAACAAAAAUAGUAUCAACUAAACUUGGUCCAGAUAUAUUGGAAUCUGUAUGACAUUAGUAGUGAAUUAUUCCAAUAAAGAAAAAAAAUAAAGCGAACUAGAAGAAAAAAAAGUACAUGAACAGAUAAAACAUAAUGAAUACAACGAAACACAAAAAAGAAAACACACAAUAAAAGGAAAAGACAAUAGAUACACAAAUAACAUAAAACAUCGUCUUCCAUGAAGGAGCUCAGAAAAUAAACCUAAAAUUUUUACUAAUACUAGAAAUUCAUAAUAUAAAAGCAUAAGAAAGCGACGAGAAGAGCGUGUAGUAUUCUCUGACUAGCCAAGACACGGAUGGAGAGGUAAACCAGAGAUGUUCAUUACUGCUGUUUAUUAUUGUAUACACAAGCGAGCGGAGAUGAGUCGAGCGGUGCGUAUGUCCCAGGAGUUUCGGUGCUGAUUGGCGAGUCCUCGGCUGAACAUCCAGUCCGUGACCUCACACCAUCCAGCUGGGGUCAGGUCACUGCACCUGGCCCGUCUUAGAAGGGGAUCAGCGUUGUGCGUGGAAUCUCCGGGCCGUGCCGCACCUAGUCCAGCUGUUCUCAUGUAUAUAGUUCCACACCUGGGCCGGAUUAGCGUGGUGGAAGUAGUAGUGGUAUAGUAGUAGUAGUAGUAAUAGUAGUAGUAGUAGCAGUAGUAGUAGUAGCAGUAGUAGUUUGUUUCACUACAAGCGACUGUAUGCAAACACUCAAAUAUAAACUUAUAUAAGCGAAAAUUAAACCGUUAGAAGACCACAGUUGCAUUGAACAUCUAUAAGCCUAAGAAAAUAAAACUAGUAAAACUAAGAUACUACACUAAUCAUAUAAAACGACAAAAAUUACAAAUAUAAACCAUAUUCACUAUAAAACAGAGAGAGAGAGAGAGAGAGAGAGAGAGAGAGAGAGAGAGGUGAUAACUUGUCUUCAAAAACAUUCACGUGACAGAUGUGACUAACAAUUGCACAAUCUGUUCUUUCCAGAAAUAAUAUUUCCAUAAUAGUGGGUCGGAACUGUUGGCGUAGUGUGGAGGAGCGAGGACAGUUUGAAUUUGCCCACUGGGGCAGUCUUUCUUCCAGGAGCAAGCGACCCCUUCCACGCCUAUUCCAACGGUACUGCUGUGGUUACUCACUCAUAGGUGCGUCCAACUUACUCAUUCAACCUCUUUCACUUUGUUGUCGACGAAGUACUUCUCAUGUACUUCAUAAAGGGUAUGACUAAGUUAUACAUCUGUACUCUACCGGAAUCUGAUAUCCACUACAUAUUCUUAAGUUUUGUAAGUGCCAGAUGAACACCGUUAAUAUUAUUAUGGAUUGAAUUGUGUACAUAAUGUGAUGUUACGGGAUCAUGACUAAUGUGACUGGAAUGGCGUGUGCUAGUGGGUCGUCCUCCAUACCACGCCGCUCGCCUCACAUGCUCGAGAGGAACUUGUGCUGCCUCUGCUUGAUUAAGGCUUGCAGAAGCGGACAGCCUAGCUCAACUAGGCAGAAGUGGUUGGGAGUGGUUUUUCAGACGCCUAGCAUCUGUUUAAUGCACCACAUGUACUGCCUGGUUACGGGUCUAAUAUCACCAUUCAGCCACGAUCCACAGCCGUACAGCAGGGUGGACGUCAGGGCUCUGCGUUUGAUAAUAAAAUAAAAAUAGAAAAAAAG